GACAACCUAACCUAACCUAAUUUCAAACGUGCUCCACAUGUUGUCACCGUGGUCGCAAUUUGAAAAAUAAGAAUAAACUUACAUAGAUUCAAAACUGCAAUGGACGAAAAAAAUGAGCCAAUAGUGUGUGUUCCAGGUCAGAGGCUCUGUUUGUCGGACAAAGUAAACGUUCCAGGACCGGGAACUUACGAGCAGCACGGAUAUAUUUAUGCAAAAUUAGCAGGAGUGGUGAACUUGGUUAAAGAUGAACACAAGAGCACAGUCGAGGUGCACGGCAUAAGAGAACAAAGCAUUGUCCCAGCUCCCGGAGACAUUGUAACAGCCGAGGUAAUGGUCGUUAAUCAAAGGUUUUGCAAAUGCGUUAUAAAAUGCAUUGGGGAUGUGGUUUUGACCAGACCUUACAGAGGCAUUUUAAGAAAAGAAGACGUCAGGGCUACGGAAAAAGAUAAGACUGAAAUGUACAAAUCUUUUAAACCAGGAGAUAUUAUUCUGGCUAGAGUUUUACCUCUCACCGAAGUCCAUACUUAUCAGCUUUCCACUGCCGAGAACGAAUUGGGAGUCGUUAUCGCUCACAGCGAAGAGGGUGUUUCUAUGGUACCUGUAAGUUGGACGGAAAUGCAGUGCCCGGAGACCCUAAACAAAGAAUUGCGCAAAGUAGCUAAAGUUGUACCGGAGCAUAUCGUUAAUGAAAAAUAAAAUAAAUAUAAAUUGCAUUCAUAAACGGACUAUUCAUUUUGCCAAUGUGCCACAAUGAAUAGCAUAGUUGGAUGAUUGUGUAAACUGUGUUAAACAUAUAGAAUCAAUAUUGUCUCAAUUUCUAUUGAAAUGCUUAUAAGGAACACUAAUUUUUGUUGGAAUGUCAAGUACUUUAUAUUUAUAUAUAUACAUAUAUAAAUACAUACUCAUAUAUUUGGAGUAAUUUUUUAUGUACAUAUAUUGUAGACAGCUUUUGCCUGUCGAUGUUGCAAUAAUACUACAAAUUACUUAUCGUACAUUAGAGAAAAAAAAUUACACUUCACUAGGUCAUUCACAAGGUCAAUCUCAAAAUUUACUCCUCAAUCCAUUGAGUAAUUCAAUUCUUUUGUUAUUGCACAUAAAAUGCAGA